UGGAGGACUCCCGCGGCCAGCAGGGGACUCCCUCCCUCUCUCCAGCUAAUCAUUUCAACAAAUGGCACCUGUUCGGUUCAAAGGAAAAGCCGGGAGGCAACGCGGCCGCAGCAUCCUGGUUCGAUGCGCAAAAGUCCUGUCCAACAACUUAGGUAAACUGGAAAGGCCGCUGCGUGUACACUUGGAAACUUUCCACACUGAUAAAGAAAUCCACCGAAACGGGUGUCGGCCGCAGAUGCUCGUCGGUCUGAGCCUUGAUAACAACACCCAUUGUGAAACAUGCGACCGUUCCUACGCCGGCGUAUGUCCCCCCUGAAACUGGUGCUCCUUGGGGGGACUCUCUUCCUGGUGGUCCUGGUGGUGCUCCAGAGGGAUGUUGGCUCUUCACCUGCUAGUGACCCCUGGUUUCAGGAGCUGGUGGACAAGAAGGACAAGGUGUUGAUCAUGGUCCGAGACGCUGUCAACAACAUCGGCUUCCAGAUCAGAGCUCCACAGGCGCCACCAGUACAGGAGCAGCCCACACAGGACGCCAAAUGCCCUGCUGGAUUCUACACUCGGGCUGAGCUCAAACCUCACCUGGAGAGACCGCCUCAGGACCCGGUCAGCCCCGGGGCAGAUGGGAAUGCAUUCAAGAAAGACAACAUGUCCCCAGACGAGGUGACGGAGAAGGAGGAGGGAAUGAAGAGGCAUUGCUUCAACCAGUUUGCCAGUGACCGUAUCUCGCUGAGCCGUAGUCUCGGGGAAGACACGAGGCCUUCAGAGUGCGUGGAGACGAAGUUUCGUCGCUGUCCUGCUCUGCCCACCACCAGCGUUAUUAUUGUCUUCCACAACGAGGCCUGGUCUACCCUCCUCAGGACGGUCUACAGCGUCCUGCACACGUCCCCUGCUAUCCUGCUCAAAGAGAUCAUCUUGGUAGAUGACGCCAGUGUUGCAGAUCACCUAAAAAGCCCACUGGAGGAAUUUGUGCGUCAGCUGAAGAUAGUCCGCGUUGUGAGGCAGCUGGAGAGGAAGGGCCUCAUCACUGCCAGGCUGCUGGGUGCCAGCAUUGCUCAGGGCGAAAUCCUAACUUUUCUCGACGCACAUUGUGAGUGUUUCCAUGGUUGGUUAGAGCCACUGUUGGCCCGCAUUAUUGAGGAACCUACUGCGGUGGUUAGUCCAGAGAUCACCACCAUAGACCUUGAAAGCUUUCGGUUCAACAAGCCCUUGCCCACCAACCGCGCUUACAACAGAGGUAACUUUGACUGGAGCCUGACCUUCGGCUGGGAGCAAAUCCCCGAGGAUGCGAAGCUACUGCGCAAGGAUGAAACCUACCCUGUAAAAACACCUGCUUUUGCUGGAGGUCUCUUCUCGAUCUCAAAGGAGUACUUUGAACACAUUGGAACAUAUGAUGACAAGAUGGAGAUCUGGGGUGGAGAAAAUGUGGAGAUGUCUUUCAGGGUGUGGCAGUGUGGGGGUCAGCUUGAGAUCAUCCCUUGUUCUGUGGUGGGCCAUGUCUUCCGCAGCAAGAGCCCCCACACCUUCCCCAAGGGCACAGAGGUCAUCACUCGCAACCAGGUACGCCUGGCUGAGGUCUGGAUGGAUGACUACAAGAAGAUUUUUUAUCGCCGCAACAAGGCAGCUUCGGUUAUGGCCAGUGAGCAUAACUUUGGUGACAUCUCCGAUCGCCUGAAUCUGAGAGAGAAGCUGAAGUGCAAGAACUUCACCUGGUUCUUAAACACAGUCUACCCAGAGGCCUUCAUUCCAGACUUAAACCCAGAAAAAUCAGGAGCAAUUAGAAACUCAGGAUCUAAAACCUGUCUGGAUGUUGGGGAGAGUAACCAGGGAGGUAAACCUCUGAUUAUGUACCAGUGUCACAACAUGGGAGGCAACCAGUACUUUGAAUACACAUCUCAUAAGGAGCUGCGUCAUAAUAUUGGAAAGCAGCUGUGUCUUCAUGCCACGCCCCAUCCAGAGGCGGUGAAGAUCGAGCUAUGCCAGUUGAAGGGAAAGGGCACCAGUGUGUCACCUCAGCAGGAGUGGGUCUUGACAGAGGAAAGUCUGCUGAAGAAUCCCAGUAGUGGGAAAUGUUUACGGCUGAAUGGAGACCAGCUUCAGAUGGAUCACUGUAACUCUGCCGACCUCUUCCAGCAUUGGACCUUCGGCUGACCUCCCUGUCUGACCAUCAGGUGACCUCUGGCACCUUGUGUCCCCUUCCUCAGACUGUGCUCUGAGGAGCCAACUCAACAUUGAUCCAGAAGGACUUCCUGCUGUGGAGCUUGGGGCAUUUGGCCAUACUGAGUGGACGGUUAAAGAUGGAGGACAAAGAAAAGACUGAACAGGAAUCUGUUGAAGACGCUCGAGUUGGCCUCAAGUUGUUUUAAAUUUAUUUAUGAUGGAAACUCAGAGAGACGUUUGAAGGUGGCUGGGAAUUAUACGACACUAGACUGUGGACUUUGCAUGCAGGAGUGGCAGCUUGACUGUGGGUCGGUGGGUGUGAACCAGAAUCUUACUGCAGUGAAUUCACACUCCAGCUUGGAAAAUCACCAUUUAGUGUUUGUUUUGUUUGUUUUUUGUCUGACAAUGAAUGUUGAAAUGGGGAAUAUUGAACCUGUGAUGCGUCUAAAUAUGCACUUAAGACAUAAAAUCAAGAGAUGUCUUUUUUUUUUUUAUAUAAAAUUAUUCUUUUUUGUGUCAGAUAAAUGUUCAUUUGUGAUAGAACAUUUUCAACAGUGAAAUAUAUGUAUUUUGAUGCGUCUAUAUGUGUACACUAAAGCAAUAAUCUUUUAAAAUAAUUUUUUUUAUAUGCUUUUACUGUUUUUUUUUGCAGAGUAAUGGUUGGUCUUGAUUCAUUGGGUAGUAUUCUGAAAUGAUUAACUCACUGUGGUUAAUGAUGCUACAAAUAUUAAAUAAUUUGAAUUAAGAUAGAUUUCCUGCGAUGAUUCAUGACUCAUUUAUAA